AUGGCAGGCGACGAUGCGCCCGUCGAGGAUCCUUACGCCCCGGGCGAGCUCCCGGUGCUGCGCUACGCCGAGGAAAUCCUCCAGGCGGUGCGCACCAACCCGACCACGGUGGUGAUCGGCGAGACGGGGUCCGGCAAGACGACGCAGAUCUCGCAGAUCCUGCACCGCGCCUCCGCCACGUUGAUGCCGGACUCGAGGAUGGGCGUCGCGAUCACGCAGCCCCGCAGGGUCGCCGCGGUGUCCGUCGCGAGACGCGUCGCCCACGAGAUGGGCGUCAAGAUCGGAACUUUGGUCGGAUACACCGUCCGAUUCGAGGACUGCUCGUCCAGGGAGACGCGCAUCAAGUACAUGACCGACGGUACCUUACUCCGCGAGUGCCUCGAGGACCCGAACCUGUCCAAGUACGGCGUGAUCGUCCUAGACGAGGCGCACGAGAGGUCUCUCAACACCGACAUCCUCUUCGGCUUGCUCAAGGUGCUCGUCAAGACCAGGCAACCCGCGCUUCGCUUGGUGGUCACGUCGGCGACGCUUGAAUCGGAAAAGUUCAGCGCGUACUUUAACGACUGUCCCGUCUACCACGUCCCGGGUCGCGUGUACCCCGUGGAGCUGGCGUACGCCACGGAGCAGCCCAAGAACUACGCGGAGACGGCGCUCGAGACGGUGAUGGACCUGCACUGCUCUCAGGGCAGGGGCGACAUCCUGCUCUUCCUGACGGGCAAGGAGGAGAUUGAACGAACGUGCCGGCGACUGAAUGAGCGGGUGCGCGAGAUGCCCGAGGACGAGUGCCCGGACAUGCAGGUCCUGCCCCUGUACGCGGCGCUCUCGCCGGAGCUUCAGGCGAGGGUCUUCGCGCCCCCGCCCGCGGGGUGCAGGCGCGUCGUCGUCGCGACCAACCUAGCGGAGACGUCCCUCACCGUCCCCGGCGUCGUCUUCGUCGUUGACCCGGGCUUUACCAAGCAGAACGAGUACGACCCGACGACCGGGAUGGACUCCCUGAAGGUGACGUCCAUCAGCGCGGUGCAGGCGAGGCAGCGCGCGGGUCGCGCGGGGCGCACGAGAGCCGGGCGGUGCUUCCGUCUGUACACCCGCGAGCACUUCGAGCUGGACAUGCCGACGACCACGGUACCGGAGAUUCAGCGAACGUCGCUCGUGGGAACCGUGCUCUACCUCAAGACGCUCCGCAUCGAGGGCCUGGACGUCCUCGACUUUGACUUUCUCGAUAAACCGGACGUGGAGGCGAUGGGAGACGCGCUGCGACAGCUGUACGCGCUCGGCGCCAUCGACGAGGACGGCGCGGUGACCGAUCUCGGCCGCGAGAUGUCGCCGCUUCCCGUGGAGCCGCAGCUCGCGAGGGCGAUGCUCGCGGCUCGAAGGUUCGGGUGCGUCGACGAGAUGGCCACCGUCGCGGCGAUGCUGAGCGUCGAACGGGUGUACACCGGGAACGGGCCGCCGCGGGAGGGGGAGGGAGACGGCGACGGCGACCGCCGGGGGCCUCCGCCGGAGUCGUUGUGCUCGGAACACGAGAGGCGCAUGGGCGACCACGUCGUGUUGAUGCGGACGUACCAGGCGUGGGCCAGGGGCGGGCACAGGCGGGACUUCUGCGAGCGGCACGGCCUGAGCGACCGCGGGAUGGAAUUCGCGCGGGACGUGCGGAAGCAGCUGCUCGGGGCCAUCUGCGUCGGCUUUUGCAACCGCCUCGCCCGACGCCUCCCCAAGCACAACGGCUUCCGCACGCUCAACGAUAACGCGGUGCUCGCCGAGGUACACCCGUCGUCCGCUCGUCCGCUCGCGAACGAAAUCACCGGUUUGUUGCCCGAGUGGAUCGUGUACCACGAGCUGGUGGCGACGACGCGCGUGUUUUUGCGCAACGUCUGCGCGGUCGAGGCCCCGUGGGUAGCCCCGGUGACGGAGCGGCUUAGGGAAGUCGACCUGAAGCGGCUCAGCGGCGGUCGCGUGGCGACGAGGAAGGCGCGGGAGGAGGAGGCGCGGAGGGAACGGGCGAAAGAGGCGGAACGGCAGAGGAUAGAGAGCGGAGCGCGGAGGAACGACGACAAGACCGUGGACGACGCUAGGGCGAGGUACCUUGCUCGCAAGGCGGCGGCCGAGAAGGCGAAAAAGUGA